CAGGCCUGGCAUCGCCAAGGCAUUGCAAAAAUAUCGCGCGAAUUUCAUAAGCCAUUUUACCUGUUUGUUAGUUGUCAGUCAAUACCGACACAUAUCCAAAUGAGUUUGAACAAACUACACCCCGAAUUACUCACUUAUAAAAUAGUAAUAAAAUAAAUCACAAAAUUUGCACAUCUCACCGACAUCGCGUGCCAUCUGGCAACAUCCGCGAGGCGGCUGUCAACCCUGCCCGUUUGCGAUUUGCUGCACAUUGUUCUAACGACCAGCCGGAAAGGAAAGGAAAACCAUUUCCGUGGGCCACUUGAAUGCGAUUCAAAUGUGAGACCCUCGACGCCGAAUGCUAAGUUCCCUGGCAUUGGCGCAACCCAAAGCAAUCCACCGGAGACACUAAGAGCCACAACUAGAGCACUCAGCAGACCGCACUCGGCAAACCACACUUCGCACAGCCACACGCACACCCUAACAUCCUCACCCUCACCCACAUACGGCUGCCCCCCCCCGCCCCACACCCCUAAUCGAAAGAAAAACGUUGUCUGGCUGGCUAUAGCUAAAACCGCAUUGGGCAGCGGCAAGGAAGGGGGCACGGAAUCCGAAGAUCCGAGGAAGAAGCGACCGGGCAAGCGAGCGAGAGCCAUCAGCUAGCCAUGGCCCAGCACGUAGCCGGCGGAGGAGGAGGAGGCACCGAGGCUCUGGCCGCGGAACUUGCCAAGGCGGUGGACCUCAUAAUGCACCCACUAACCCAGCAGCAGGCACGUCUGGAGGCCUACAUGGCCUGUGAACGUUUCAAAGAGGAGUCGCCGCUUUGCGCUCAGGUGGGCCUCUUCCUGGCCAGCUCGCCCCAGUCCAACCAACAGGUGCGCCAUUUCGGGCUGCAGCUAAUCGAGUACACAAUUAAGUUUCGCUGGAACUGCAUUACGCACGAGGAGAAGGUUUAUAUCAAGGACAACGCCAUCAAGAUGCUGAACGCGGGCGUAGGCCCAGCGGAGGAUCGCACACUCUUGCCGACCAAGGACGCCUUGUCGCGGAUUAUCGUCGAGAUGAUCAAGCGCGAGUGGCCGCAACAGUGGUCCGACUUGUUGCCGGAACUGAGCCAGGCCUGUACCAAGGGCGAGGCCCAGACAGAGCUGGUGCUGCUCGUGUUCCUGCGACUGGUGGAGGAUGUGGCGCUGCUGCAGACGAUCGAGUCGAACCAGCGCCGCAAGGAUAUGUACCAGGCACUGAACAACAACAUGAACGACAUCUUUGAGUUUUUUCUGCGGCUCGUGGAGCAGCACGUGACCGCGUUUCGCGAGACGACGCAACUGGGCAACUUUCCUAAGGCGAACGCACACAGCCGUGUUGUCGAAAUAGUGCUGCUGACGCUGAGCGGGUUCGUGGAGUGGGUCAGUAUCCAGCACAUCAUGUCGAGCAACGGCAAGCUCAUACACUUUUUAUGCAUUUUGCUAAACGACAAGGCAUUCCAGUGCAACGCGGCCGAGUGCCUGGCGCAGAUAUCGAACCGCAAGGGCCAGGCCAAGGAGCGCAAGCCGCUGAUGCAGCUUUUCAACGAGGAGCCGCUCCGCUACAUCUACCAGGCCAGCCAGAUACUGCCCGAUUCGGACUCGGGCCUGUCCAUCGAGCAGCAUCACAACUUCCUCAAGAAACUGUUGCAGGUGCUCAGCGGCAUGGGCCAGCAGCUGGUGGCGCUCUGGGGCAAGGAUGACGCCACCCAGCGCCCGGUACACCUGGAGAUUCUGCUCGAGUGCCUGCUGGUCCUGGUGCAGCAUCCCUCGCUGACCAUCGCCCACGGUUCGGCACUGAUUUGGCAGCUGCUGCUUAAGCACGAGCCGAGCUCCAAGGACUUUGCCACAAUCAACUACAUUCCCAAGCUCAUCCACACGAUUGCGCCGCGGAUCGUGAAACUGCCAUAUCCCCCUGCCACAAGUGCACCUGCUACCAUGUGCACGGACGCCUACAUCCGGAUGGAGUACGACAGCGAGGAGGAGUAUGCGCUCCACUUCUUCCGCUAUCGCACCGACUUCCUGGAGAUCUUUCGCCUGGCCACGUUGGUCCAGCCGCUCGUCACCUAUGGAUACUGCGAACGCUGGCUACACCAGCGGCUGCGCAACGCCGCCACCGAAGCCCAGGCAGAGGUCAAGACCGGUGUCAUAUCAUGCAGUGUCCUGGAUCCCGUCUACCUGGAAUGGGAUGCUCUGGUCAGUGUUCUGGACGGUGUCCUUAGCCGCAUCCUGCUCGUGGCGGAGCGACCGUCGGUGCCGGCGGGUCUGCGCCUGCUGGAAGAGUGCCUUGAGCUGGAGACCACCAAUCCGCUCACCUACUCCAUUCUACUGUCGUGCAUUUCGGCGCUAUUCGUCUUCCUCAGCAUGUCCUCGUGCCAGAUCACGCCCAGCAAUUGUGUGGCCAUGAGCGGGGUCAGCCUGCUGCCGCGUGUCCUCGACAAGAUCUUUCGGGCCCUGGUCAUGAAGCCGCCCAACGAGCUGGAGAAGGUGCAGGCCAAGUCGGCCAAGAAUCUGCGGCGUCAUGCUGCCUCGCUGCUCGUCAAGCUGGCCCACAAGUACCCGCUGCUGCUGCUGCCCGUCUUCGACCAGAUUAGCGGGCAUGUGGAGCUGCUGCUGAAGGAGCCCGGCCAGCACCAGCUGUGCCGCAUGAUGCGGACCACGCUGCAGGAGGCGCUCAUCCUAAUCUCGAACCACUUCUGCGACUUCGAGCGCCAGACCCUGUUCAUCGAGCAUAUCAUUCAGGACAAGCGCACCGAGUGGCUGGCCAUCGGCGAUGUCCUCAAGUCGCCGCUGGACUUUAUGCGCUUCGUGGGCCUGGACAAGCCGCCCAUCUUCGCGGUGGAGGGCGACAUCACCCUGUCGAAUCGAUCACGGCUACUGGACGCCCUGCACGUCGUCCUCGGCGUGGUGAAGCGCUGCACCUGGCCGGACGACCCGGACCGCGCCCAACGCGGUGGCUUCGUCAUCGGCUGCACCGAGCUGGGCAAUCCCAUCUGCCGCAAUCCGGCCACCAAGCACGUGGUACCGCUGCUCUCCCAGGUACUGGGACUGAUGCGUAUCCUAAACGAGUUGUUCGCCCCGGAGGCACUGGCCGCCCUGUCCGAGGGCUAUCGCGGCAUCCACGGCAUGCUGGAGCACGAGAAGAAGCUGCUGAUGGGGAUCUGUGCCUUGCCAGCCGAUCCACUGGACACCACCAUUCGCAGCGAGCCGACUGCCUUCGAGAAGAUGCAGACCUUCAUGAUGAUGAUCACCGAGGGCUGUUACCACCUGAUGGGCUCGGCGGGUCCGUCGCUGGGUCGCGAUCUCUACCAGCUGCUGGGCCUGGCGGACGCUCUGGUUACGAACGUCUUCGCCCGCCUGGACGUGGUGCCCGACUACCGGCUGCGCCCCAUCAUCCGUGUCUUCUUCAAGCCGUUCGUCUACUCCUGCCCGCCCAGCUUCUACGACAGCGUCCUGGUGCCGCUGUUCUCGCACCUGGCUCCGCUCAUGUGCGAGCGCCUGUCCCGUCGAUGGAUCUACAUAGCGUCGCUGUACGAGAGCGGCCAGUUGGACGGCGAGGUGAACGACACGCAGGAGGUGCUCGAGGACCAGCUGAACCGCACCCUGACCCGUGAGUACUUGGAUGUGCUGAAGAUCGCUCUGGUGGGCGGGCAGAUCGGAGCGGAUCAUGUGUCGUCGGGGGCCAAUGCGAACGUGAAUGCCAACAGCAGUGCCGUGGCGAUGGAGAACGAGGAGCAUUCGAUGGACAGCGCACCCCAGUCCCGGGCCAGCCAGUCGGCCCUGCUCUCGGACAUAGUCUCGGAUCUGGGCGGCAAGCUGCUCCGCAACGGUCUCAUCGGCAACUAUGUGCUGAUGACGCUGCUGAAGGCCAUCGCCUGGAACGACGGGAUAACCAGCAUGCGGGCGGUGAAUAUAGCGGCGCCAGUGAUGCGAUUCCUUGCCGCCGAGAAGCUGAUGGACGAGAACAAGGCGGUGACGGCAUUUACGGCGGUGCUGCAGGGCAUGCAGGUGCAUGGGCAGCACGAGGCCAACCAGUCGGGUCUAGUCACGCUGGGUGUGCAGUUCUAUGAGCUGUUGCGCCCGCACUUCCCCAUCCUCAGCGAGGUCCUGCAGCACAUACCGAGCGUGAACGCGGCCGACAUCCAGAAGUUCGACGAGAAGAUCUCUGUGGCGCCCGUCAAGGGCAACAAGGUGGAUCGGGCCAAGAAGGAUCUGUUCAAGAAGCUAACCGCCCAGCUGGUGGGGCGCAGUGUUAACCAGCUGUUCCGGCACGAGGUGCAGAUCGCCAACCUGCCACCGAUGCAGUCGCACAAGUCCAAGUCCGGUUCGGGCGACAUCAUGGACAGCAAUCAGAACGCGAGCCUGACUCGGCUAUUUGGUCCGGAGAAGUGACAGGGACUGUUGUCCCAGACACGCUCCACACAAACAGAGACGACGACGACGACGACGACUGCACACAAGGAAACACAAAACACGAAACAGAGAAGAAGGAGGAGGAGGCGGCGUCGCAGCGGAGACGCAGCCAUAAGCGGAGUAGCUCGUCCGGUCCUGGUCGUAGAACGGGAUCGGAUCAACGAGCCGGAGGCCACCUCAGCUGCCAAACUAGCGACGACUGAACUUAAAAUAAUUGUAAACUAGCCAAGACGAUGGAGCAUUAUGUAGCCUGAUGCAGCCUAGCCCAGGAUCUAGAACUAGAUCUCCGCUGCCGCAGGACCCGAAACCGUAACCGUAACCGAAAUCGAAAUCGAAACCCGACAUCCCAACAUCCCAUAGUGGAAUCAAUCCAGUUAUCGUUCAGUCUUGAGCAAUAUUUGAUUUAUUUAUUUAUUUUACGAACUAAAUUUAAUGCCCGCACGUAA